GUGUUUUAGACUGUUUAGUUGGUGGCUUUGACUUUUGACAGCUGUCAAAUUUUAGUUUGGAAGGACGUGACGUCACAUAUUUCUUUUCCACACGUUUUCAUUGCGAACGGUAGCAGUAAAUCGUAAACCAAAAUGGGUCGCGUUCGUACCAAAACCGUGAAGAAGGCGUCAAAGGUCAUCAUUGAGAAGUAUUACACUCGAUUGACCAUGGAUUUCCAUACAAACAAGCGUAUUGUUGAGGAGGUGGCUAUCAUUCCGACUAAACCGCUGCGAAACAAGAUUGCCGGAUUCGUUACUCAUUUGAUGAAGCGGCUGCGUCACUCUCAAGUGCGCGGUAUCUCUAUCAAGCUGCAGGAGGAAGAGCGUGAACGCAGGGACAACUAUGUGCCUGAGGUUUCCGCUUUGGAACAGGACAUCAUUGAAGUCGAUCCGGAAACUAAGGAGAUGUUGAAGCAGCUAGAUAUCAACUUAGCUAUUCAAUUGGUCAAUCCCACGACGCAAGGAUUCAGCAGACGGAAUUAGUUUGGCGAAUGAUUACAAUCAAUAUGGCAAAUGUAGCAAUUGUUUAUACAUGUUGCUAAUAUCAGUCGAGCCACACAAUUUGGAUUUGAACAAGAUGCUAUCGAAUGUAAACUAGCGAAAAGGAAACUUCUUUUGUAAAGAAGGGUAAAUACAAGAUUACAAGGUGUUCAAAUCGAA